AUGUUCGUCCAGCGCUCUGCCAUUGCCGCGGCAAGACGGGUGGCCCCCGGCGCCCUCGCCCGACGCACCUUCACCACCACUUUUGUCCGCCGUAGGUGCACACGGGAGCCAUCGUACGAUAAGGCUGGUGCGGAUAAGCAGGCCGGUAAUGCUACUGGUCCCCGUAGCCUUCUUGAGGGCUACAAGAAGCUUGAUGAGAUCAAGAGCUACGACGACCUUCUCGCACCCGGUGCGAAGCCUGGUACCGUCCCCACCGAUGCCGAACAGUCCACUGGUCUGGAGCGUCUUGAAAUCAUGGGAAAGAUGCAGGGUAUCGAUAUCUUCGACAUGAAGCCAUUGGAUGCCAGCCGUCUCGGCACGAUGGAGGACCCCAUCACCGUCAACUCGGCCGGUGAUGAGCAGUACGUCGGCUGCACUGGCUUCCCUGUCGACUCGCACAACGCCAUUUGGAUCACCCUCACCCGCGAGCAGCCAAAGUCGCGCUGCAUGGAGUGCGGCUCCGUCUACAAGAUGCACUACGUUGGCCCAGAGGACGAUCCCCAUGGACACGACCACGGACACCACCCAGUGAACCUUCACCCGAGGCCUAAGAACAUGGCUGAUUUCAUCAAGCCCGAGUACUCGGAGCUAUGA